AUGAAUUUGAAUGGCUCUUUACCAAGUUUACCAACGUUAAUCACAUUGAUAAAAGAUAAAAAUUCAACAUUCGUCGAAGGUCGUUUUCGUUUCAAUGAGCUAGAACAACAUUUGGGUAGAACGAAUACAUCAAUUGGUUUUGCGUCUGAAGAUUGCACUGGGAUAGUCAGAAAAAUACAAUAUGAUACCAACACUAAUUCAUCCAUCGGAUUCUGUACUCCACUUGAAAAUGGCAUUCCAUUCGAACAACAUUUUAAAACUGAUUCAUUUGAUCAAUUGAAAGAGUGGUUCUCUAAUAUUGAGAAAGCUCCACUCUUAAAUAUUCACAUGUUUCAACCGUUAGCUCAGUCAAUGAAAAAUUGUUCGCCAGUUAUAUUAGCGGCAUACGGAACUGACAGCAAAUUUACAGCAAUUGAUAUUUUUCGACGUUGGAUACACAUCUAUGAACAAUGCUCAGCCAAACAAAUUCGUAUCAUUGGUUUCUCAACAGAUUGCGACAGCAAAUAUUUACGAGUAAUGAAAUUGGUUAGCGGAUUUUUUGCUGAUUUAUCAAGUUUGAAACUACAUGAACAACCUGGAGCAUUUGAGGUUGCUGUUCCAGCAACAUGGACAUGGUUUUACCUUCGGAAACAACAAUUGUUAUUGUUCUUCCAAGAUCCUACUCAUCUUGCUACCAAAUUACGUAACCGUUUACUGUCAAAAUCAGUCGAAUUAAAAAUGGGAGAAUUCUCUAUCACCUUGCCACAUUUAACAGAUUUAAUUGAGAAUAAUUCAAAACUAGAGCGUGGUCUGGUUAGCACUGAUAUUUUUCCAAAAGGCCGUCAAAAUUAUGCUUCUUGUGUGAAAAUAUCAAGUGCGAAUGUUUUGAAUUUAUUGAGUAACGCAAACGAAACACAAGCAACAUUUGUCUAUCUUCAGUUAUUAAGUUCUAUUAUCAUUGCAUACAUUGAUCAGUCAACACCAAUUUCCAAUCGUUUAUAUCAUGCGUGGGUGAUCGUCUUUGUUAGCCGUUUUUGGUGGACGUGGUUAAAACACAGUACGUUUCUUGAUAAAUCGACAAAAAAAUCGUUGAAACAAAUUAAUAAAUAUUUUAUAACUACAUCCGCAUUUUAUUCGAUUGAAUUAAACGCACAUAAUUUAUUGUAUCUGACGCUAUUAGUUAUCCAAGAAGAUUUACCAGUAGAAGCACUGAAUGUGUUUUUAUUUAAUUUGCAAGCGUGUGAAGCAACUUUCAGGAAUGCCAGAUCAUUGAGCGGUGUGUAUUCAAGCAUUACAAAUUUUACUGUGAAUGAUUUUCUGCGACGGGGUCAAAAACUAUCUGUUUUAAACGAAAUAAAGGCCUAUGAACAAUUACAUCCGCAUGAAAAUGAAAUAUUGUUUCCAAUUCAUCAUAAACAUAAAAAACAUUCAUCUAAUUUAAUUGAUGAUAAUCCUCGUUUGAAAAUAACGUGCAUUGAAACUAUUAUUAAUAAUGCUUAUCAACAAGCAAAAAAGAUAAUCGUUAAAUUGAAAAUGUCGACUCUACUGAAACAAAACAAAGCGUUAGAAUUAAAUGAUUUGAAUUUAUAUGUACGUAAUCAUUUGACUAAUACAAACGAUCAUUCAACACUCGCCGAUCAGUAUGAAUCUGAAUCCGAUUCGGACAAUGAAAUAACAACGAAUAAUGAACGACAUGGUGAUAAUAAAACUGAAAGUGAUUGUGACAGUGAAAAUGAAACAGAAUUAAACGAGGUAUUAAGAUCAAAAACGAAAACUUUCCUGGUAUCCGAUUACUGGAAACAAUCAAUCCGACAUUGGGUGAUUCCUACUUCGAUAUAA